CGCCGUGGCCUUUGGCGCGGAGAGCGGCGGCCCGGGUACAGCAUGGAGGCCAAGGCAGGGUCUACGCCCGCUACCGGCGGCGCGCGCGCGGUGUCGGCGGAGGAGACCGAAAAGUGGAUGGAACAGGCGAUGCAAAUGGCCAAAGAAGCCCUAGAAAAUAUCGAGGUUCCUGUUGGCUGCCUUUUGGUCUACAACAAUGAAGUUGUGGGGAAGGGAAGAAAUGAAGUUAAUCAAACCAAAAAUGCUACUCGACAUGCAGAAAUGGUGGCCAUCGACCAGGCCCUAGACUGGUGUCGUCAACGCAGCAAGAGCCCUUCUGAAGUGUUUGAACACACUGUGCUGUACGUCACCGUGGAGCCAUGUAUCAUGUGUGCAGCUGCUCUCCGCCUGAUGAAAAUCCCUCUGGUUGUCUACGGCUGUCAGAAUGAACGAUUUGGUGGUUGUGGCUCUGUUCUAGAUAUUGCCUCUGCUGAUCUACCGAGUACUGGGAGACCAUUUCAGUGCAUCCCUGGAUACGGGGCUGAGGAAGCAGUGGAGAUGUUAAAGACCUUCUACAAACAAGAGAAUCCAAAUGCACCAAAAUCAAAGGUUCGGAAAAAGGAAUGUCCGAAAUCCUGAACUUGUUCUAAUGAAAGACUCAUGCCCCUGGACCACAUUCUUGGAUAGAAAGCUGUUGACAUCAUUGAAUCAUAUGUUUAUACAUUGUCCUUAAUUCUUGGGAAAAUGGCUUCUCAUUAUUUGCUGUGUUAAGGGAACAAAUUAAUAUUUUUUAGACGUCUGAAAAUUGCAAACAACUAGCUUUUCCACAAGCUGGAACAUUUUUAAAAAGGGGAAAAGUGAAAGAUUGAGGUUUUUAGCAAUUAGUUAGCAGUGCCUGCGCUUCCUGCCAAAAUCAUUAGGCUCUGUCCAGGAACGUGCUGACGUUCAGAGGAUGUGUAUCCGGACUUAGUUACCUGGUGUGUCUGCAUGGAGCAUGUCCCCCUGUGGACACCUGCUCCUGGCCCAGCCUUUUGGACUCGGACCCUUCAUUCUUGUCAGCCACUGUAUUCUUCCAGGGUGUGUGUGUGUGUUGGGUUGGUGGGGAGGCAUGACUUCCUUGGAAACUGUAUGUGAAUCAUAUACAUGUAGACCAUGAUUCUAUGGUCCUUAGAACAGAUUUUUUGCUUUUAUAAAGCAUUUAGAGAAAAUACAUACUUUUGAAACAAGUGCUUAAGUAUCAUUUAAAAAUUACAGCAUACGGCUAUCCUAAAACCUUAUUUAUGCCUUUUUUGAAGAUGAAUAGUCUUAAAAAUAAAAGCAAUGCAUGAAUGGACAACUCCUUCUUUGUUAUUGAGCAACUGUGCUGUGCCAGGCUCUGUUGGUUCACUGAAUCAGUGAGCAGAACAAACAGUCCUGCCCUCACGGAGCUCAUGUGCUCGCAGGAGACAGGUAAUGAACAUAAUAGAUUACACAGUAUGUUAGAGGGUGAUAAGAAUUCCGGUGAAAAGAAAAAGAACAGGGUAGAGGGGGUGGGUGUGCGAUUUGGUGGUGGGAAUGCUAUGUGCAGAAUUAAAUAGAAUGGUUAGUUUCAUGUGAAAUCAAACACAAUUAUUUCUCUUUAUAAAAAUCCAGAAUUAGAAUUUAAAAUCUAAAAUGUAAAGGGACUUCCCUGGAGGUCCAGUGGUUAAGACUGUGAGCUUCCGCUGCAGGUGGCAAGGGUUCCAGCCCUGGUCGGGGAACUAAGAUCCCCCAUGUCACACGGCGUGGCAAAGCAAACAAAUGAACAAAUGAACAAAUAAACCAAAACCAAAAUUAACAUAUUAAAGUGUGAGCACAACCCUGGAAAGGGUACCCACAGCAGGAAGUCCCAGACACUCACCUUCCUGACGGCAGCAGGGGUUGCCUCUGAUGAGCCGCAGCUUUGCAGAGCCACGCCAGGAUGCUCUGUGUCUGCCCAGAAGGGGGCGUCGCUGAUCCACCAGAAGCCCAGCUCCAGGCCCUGGAGGGCAGCUCCUUCUCAGUUGCAUUUCUUCAGUGGAUUCAUUUCCUUGAUGCAAAGCAUCUGUAUUUGUUGGUUCUGCCAUUUGAGUGAUGUCUCUGACUUGUUUGUUUUGAAUUACAUUACAGGCUGGAAUGUAAUUGUGGUGAAAGUAUUUUUAUAUUGCUGAGAGUAGCAGCUAAUCACAGUUACAUGCUUCAGAGGAUUUAUAAUUGCUUGGUUUUGUAUGUGUGUGUUUUAAACUGCAUUUGAGAAGUUUUAUGGAGAAGAAUAUGCAUGAUUUUAAGUCUAUAAUAAUGUUACAUGUACCUGCCCUUCAAUUUCACCUACUUUAAAAACGAUCUAAUUAAAUUUUAGUGCUUUGAUGAGUUUAUUCCUUUUUGCCAUUGGUCAUGAUUCAUUUCUGCUUUUUAUGCUUUUUUGCAAGCAGACUUCAUCGCACUUGUUGUCUUCUUGUCAUUUUAUUGGGAAUUGUUGGUAGACAAAAAACCUGGGAACUUUUUCCUAGGGAGUACCACCCAGUAAGUCCAGCCAAGCUUCUUAUGUCAAGUAGGUUCUUGCUAAACAUUUGCUAAAUAAAAUUAUCGAUUGAAAUUUAGGGGAAAAUGAAUAAUAAGGAGACUAUCUGGGAUAAAAAGCCAAAGCCAAAAAUGGUACCUGUAUAUUUUAACCCAGAGAUGGUCACUACUAAAACUAUAAACAGGGAAGGAUAGAAAAGACUUACCAGUAUACAUAGUAUACUGUGUAUACACACCAGUAUACACAGAUCUGUCUUUGCUGUUUUGGAGAAUGGGUAAGUAUUCCAAUUCCUAAGCAUGGCUGAAAAUUUUAAUUUUGGUUAUUUCCUUUUGAUUCUCUCUCCAGUGAUGACUGACUUUAUAGAAUAGUCUCUCCUAAAUUUUUGGCCUUAGGCACAGUUAUCUCCAUUGCUUUGGGGAACAAUCAGUUCAGAUGGAGUACUGAAGAUUGGAGGUCAGCACCUCCAGCACUGAUACAGGACCAUUGUGGGCUCAUAGACAUGAGGGCUGUGGGAUUUUGACAGAAGUUAAGCAGUGGUGGUGAGGAGUUGAGAACAUAUGAUGAGGUGGUCCUGCUUCCCGAGUCGCGCAUUCUCCAGCUAAAAUAUUAUAUGUGGCUUAAAAUAUUAAGAUGUUUUAGUUUGAAAGAUUGAAUCCGAUUGAUUGAUACUGAGGGAGUGUGUCUAAAGGACCAGCUGAGAGGCUUGUUUUGUGUAUGACAUAAUUCUGCAAGUUAUGAGAUGCACAAAGGUUUUUGAAUCACAGCCUUGUUUAGAGAAAUUAGUGGGAAAUGAUUGCUUCUAAGUUGCUAGAGUAUCCAGUGUUUACUGGUCUGUGCACUGGACUCUGCUGAGAAUGGGUGGUGUGUAAUGCUUUGGCAGGCUUCAAUCACUGAUAAAAGAUCAUGUUAAAAUAUCUUUGUGCUUUCUUGUGACUUGGCACAAGCAUCCUUUCCUGUGUUGUAUUUGGAUAUCAUGGAGAGAAAAUACAUAGCCAGGAACUCCAAUGUAGGCAAGAAUUGUUAAUUUUUCUUUAAACUCUAUUUAGAAAUAAUUUCAAACUUAGUGAAAAGUUGCAAAAACACCUGUAUAUCCCUUAUUGUUUAAACUUAUUAACAUUUUAUACCUUUAGAUUUAUCAUUUGAUCUCUA